GCAAAAUCAAACAGAAUCAAGAUUUCCAUUUCCCCCUGUUUCUGCGAGCUGAGCUCUCUCUCUCUCUCUCUCUCUCUCUGACUCUGAGAGUUGUUGUGGUGCCAUGGACGAUCUUCCUAUACAGAAGGUGGCAAUAUCGGGUCCCACAUUAGCCUCCAUGAUACAGCGAUUCUCCUCAUCUCUCGGCGACGUGGACGGCAUCCUAUUCGGCCAUGUCACCCACAUCACUCCCUCUACUCUUUCCGACGACUCUCCCCAAACUCACUCCGAUUCCGAUUCCCCUCAACUCGUGGCAACCGUCACUUCCUUCCUUUCCUCCAGCUCCCCUCUUUCCUUCUACGAUUCACUCGGCCGAGUCGACUCUCCUUCUCUCCAUCGAUUCCUAUCCUCCCAAACUCACAAUCAUUUCAUUGGCUGGUUCUCCGCCCGCCGCAAAACCCCUGUCCGCCCUUCAAUGCGCGAAUUUUCUGUCUCGCGCUCUCUGUCCAUCAACGAUCAACUCUCUUUCCCCAUCAAAAACUCUGAAAAUCCAAAAAAGCUCGCUCCUUGCAUUUUUCUCUUAUUCGCUACUCCCUUACAAGACCAAUUAAUUCACACGCACGAAUACCGUGCGUACCAGUUCCGUGUAUCGACACUGUCGUUUGAUCCCAAAUCGAUUGAUAUUGUGAAUAUAGGGCCGGCGUUCCGGGGGCAAUAUGGAUCUUUUUGUCCUAAUUCGCGGUUCCCGAUGUUGAAUUGUGAGUUAAGUAGCGUAUCGGCUAUGAAUGAGGAUAGACACGAGGAGAAUUUGAAUGAAAUUAAGCAGGUUUCCAAGGACCAGAGGGAGCUGGAUAUAUGUGCAGAGGAUUUUCAAGUUUCGAAUUUGAGCAGGUUGAUGGGAUCGGAGGCUUCGAAUCAUACUGCAGGUUUGGAGAAUUUGUAUGAGAAGAUGUUGGCCAAAAUUGACAGCUUGGCCAGACAAGUGGAGAAGAGCUCUGCUGACGUUCUUGAGCAGGAAACUCGUAAUAGGAAGUUAAGGUACAAAGUUGCCCGGACUGGACCAGAGUAACUGUUUCAUUCUUGCUUGUAUUUUUUAGGUUGCGUCAGGGAUGUGCCUCUCCACAAUUGAUGUGUCGGAGAUCCAGAAAUCAGAGAACUUUUAUCGAUGAUUCUUGUAGUUGGAUAUUCAUGGCUACUUUUGAGGUGAAGGCAGGUCGAGAAUGGUGGAACUCCUGCUGAUACUAAUUGCAGUUGGGUAUUGUAGGUGGGUUUAAAGUUGCUUGAGAUGAUAUUCAUUUGCUUUGUUCUCCUUUCCCUCUUGAAAUUUCUCCUUAUAAAGUUGAAGAAGGUCUUGCCUGGCAGGAAAGAAAAUGGAAAUGGAAUCCAAUGAUUGCUUUGAUGUCACUGCUUCUGAAAUAUUAUCAUCUCCUUUAGUUGAA